AUGCGCGAGGAGGCACGGCGCAAGACACACCGUGCCGUCGAGACCGUGCGGCAGGCCAACGUGCGCACGUACGACCUCAGCCAGCGUUUCGGUGAGGAAGUUGUCCGAGAGGCGGAAGAGUUCAUCGAGAGGUACCUGAAGACGGACGCGUACCGCAUCAAGGACGGCGUGCCCCUGCUGUACCUCAUGGACACAAGAAACGCUCCAACACUACGAUGGCGCGACAAGCUGGACGCCCUCGUGCGCUCGCCGUCGGCGCGCGCCCUCGCUCAAGACUACGGCGCGGCAGCCAACGCCUGGCACGACAUCAAGGUCCGGUUGUUCCGCGUCGUUGUGGGGAGGGGCUCCAUCGACGACCCCGGAUUCUUUCAAGUGGUUCGUGACGCAGCGAGGGACGGGAAGGAGGUCGACGUCGAGGCACUGGAGAACACCGUGGACAUCGACGGCCUGCGUCGCGAUCUCUCCGCCGACGAGGUCUCCGGGGACGGCGCCGACGCACACGCCCGCGGCGUGUACAAUGCGGAGGUCGAGCAGUGCCUGGCCGCCAUGGAGCGCUUUCGACGCCAUCUUUUUGUGUGGGCCUUCCAACUUGAGCGCCACCGGCACCACGUCCACACGAUGACGCACGGCGACUGCAUCCUCGUCAUCGACUUCAAGGAGAAGCUGCAGGCGGAGAUGCGGGUGCGCGAGCGGCAGUCGGACAGGUGGAAAAACAGCUCAGUGUCCAUGCUUAACAUCACGAUACUGUGGGUUGACACCGCCGGCGAGCGUCACACGCAGCACGUCAACUUCCUCAGUGGGCUCGACACGAAGCAGGACGCCGAGUGGGUACACAGUGCGUUCGCCCAGCUCCCCACCGUGCUCAGGGAGGUCGGCCUGAAGCCAGACGACUACACGCGAAUCAAGGGCUGGAGCGACAAUGGAUCCCACUUCCACAACUAG